AUGGCUUCCGAAGGCAACAACGUCGUCCUCCGCAAAGUCACAAUCAUCACCUUCCCUCCAGCCUUCAUCCUUCUCCUCAUCCAUGGCAUCGUCUCGAACUGCCCCUUCCCGGCCCUCGGCAUCCUGCCCCUCUUCGCCUCCGCUGUCCUCGGCCUCUUCAUCAUCCGCCGCGACCUCGUCGCGGCGCUCGGCUCCCCGAUCCAGGCCCUUUCUCCCUCCAACGUCUUCUUCGCCGACCUCUCCCUCUCCAUAUUCCACUUCGUAUUCCUGUUUAUCAGCUGGGCCACCAUCAUAGACCCGUGGCACAGGAGCCAGAUCGUGCUGGGCACGUACGGCACGGUGCCUUUGAUGAUUGACACUGCCAUCCACUUGUACCUUCUCCUCCCUGCGGUCGGCCACCUGCUCUCCAAAAGAAGCUGCGACUGUCCUCACUGCCAGAGCGUGACGAAGUCGAGCUACUUUGCGUCUGAGUACACCCCUCUCAGUGAGGGUGACAGCGAGGCGGAGAUCGUGGAGGCAGAUCUAGAGGCGGGACACUGA